CAAGCUGGAUUUUUUUGUGGCUUUUGCCUCUGACGUGGACCUCUCUCGCUGCUCACGGGAACCUCCCCCCUGGCACACAUCGCCCCCUCCUGGCAGGCCAAGGAAGAUACUCAAGUGUGUCAGGGCUGCUGCGGAGUCGCAGGCAAAUGGAGGUGCAAGGUGCCAGAGCAAACAGGAGCUGCAAUGCAGAUGACCUGCGGAAGGACCCCAACAAGUGCUGCCAGAAGUGUCCUCCAGGUUAUCGCAAAAAAUCAUCCUCUCAAGAAGGGUGUGCGGGCACGGAAAUCCGGUGUUCUCCCUGUGAUGACAACUUUUUCACCGAGAUAGACAACACCACACCAAAGUGUAGGGUGUGCAGACAGUGCAAUGAGCAAGCAAACGAGAAAGAGGAGUCCCACUGUAAACCUGAUCAGGACACUGUGUGCGGCUGUGAAAAAGGAUACUACAAAGUGUACUUUGGAAACACAUUUAAUUGUGUAAAGUGCACCGAAUGCUGUUCCACAGACCCGGGCAUCCAUUGUGGACCCUGUAAUUUUGGCCAAAAUGGAGACCAGCAGAAGAUGUGCAAGCCGUGUGGAAAGGCAGACUGUUCCAAGGGAUGGAGAGAAGCCUGUCAGUAUCUCUGUCCUACUACAAUCGUCAUGACCCCUAACACCACAACAACCACUACAACCGAGAAAACCGGAACUACUGUACCAGGCAGUACCCUGAACCAUCCCCGAUACAUUGUCGUCCUCCUCUCCCUGCUGUUGACACUGCUGUUAGGGUGCUCACUGGCCAUCGCCCUGUGCUUCUGUGCUCAACGAGCACGAGGGUUUUUCCUCUUGCCCUGGACCCUGGAAAAAAACGCCAAUCAGCCCCACCAGCUUUACCAGCCCAGAGACACUGUGCUAGACAAAGCACACACCACCCAUCCUGAUCUGCCUUGUGACAGCCACAACCCCCCAGUAGUAGAGGUGUCAAAAAACUAUCCAACAAUCCCAAAGCUGGCACCCUCCCAAGACCCCUCAGUUCCGAUGCUCAUGACCAUGCCCCCCCCAUGUUUUCAAAACAAUUACAGCUGCAGACUUGCCACGCCCCUGCUUAAAACUGAACCUAAAGUGUUCAGGGAGGACUCGCAGACAGGCAGCUGGCCCGCGACGGUGCUGUACGCCAUCAUCGGGGAGGUGCCCGUGCGGCGCUGGAAGGAGUUCCUCCGGCUGCUGGCGGUGCCGGACGGGCAGAUGGAGCGGGUCGAGCUGGAGGCCGGGCCCUGCUACCUGGAGCAGCAGUACCAGAUGCUGCGUCUGUGGAGCCAGAGGGGUGACGUGGGACUGGAGAACGUCUACUCCGCCCUGCACAGCAUGGACCUGUCCGGCUGCGCCAAGGAGCUGCGGGACAAGCUGGAGCAGCUGCAGCAGGCUGCCAAGACUGCGCAGGAAGAGGCCGGCUGAAUUCAGCUUCUGCUCUGCAAAGUGACACCUGCCCCUUGCCCUAAAAAAACUGCUGCUGAGGCGCGACUUGUGCAGAGUCGGACCUCUGGAGAAACCUGAAAGGACUACAUUAGUAGAGUUUGACGUGCCGUCUGGUCAGGGCCAUCGGACAUGGCACAUGGAGUGAAGGGAGUGAAGGAGGAAACUGGAUGCUUUGCACAGACAGACAGAACUUCUCAGGAAACCCAGAACUUACUGUUCUCAGAUCUCUCUGUCUGCUCCCUGAAAGAGAGUCGGAGACUCCAGUCUGCCCUAGGACAGGUCUCAGGUCCGAAGUGAGCGCAGAGGACACUCUCAUAUGAACGCGAAACCUUUGUUGCAUUUUGACAUUGCGACUAAGGGCGGGACUGGAGUAAACAAUACUCUUUUGAGUUUUGAGGAAUCUGCGCGGUUAAAAGAAGGUGCUUCAUUUCACAUGCUGCCAGUUAAGGGUAAAGUGGGGCGGGCUGUCAGCACACACCAGAAUUGCCCCCCCCCUCUGCUUAGGUACUUCCUGAACAAACGGCCUGCAAAACCACAGCAAAAGUCCUGACCUUCUAUGUCAGCCUGGACGGGAGGCCCCUGGGUUCGCUGACUGAAACUCCACACCCCCAUGUUGCCCCCCCCAGUUAGUGACAUUACGCAAUAGACCCAGCAAACAGUGUAUAAGACUGAGACGUCUAAAUGGUGGCAACAAUAUUUGUAAGUCACAGAUGCAUACUUUUGAAGCUUCAACUGUGUACGGCACAACUCUAAUUUAUGACUGAUUAGGCAUAACAUCAACUAUCUAGGCAAUCGUUUAGCUCACCCUGAGUCAUGUGGGUAGUGUUUUAUAAAAGUUUUAUAAAAACGAGAUUUAUAAAGCAAGCUUUGCAGAAUGGGUUUUUUUCUUUUAUCGAAAAUUCUGUAUUAAAACAGUGCUUGUGUGCGUGCCAUCUGCUGGCACAAAAUGAGCUUUGCACGCUACUGAAAUGUAAAUGAAUUUUUAAUUUCUUUAUUAUUUAUUUUAAUUCACAAGUGUGGAUUGGGAGUCACAAGCACACACUGUGUUGUACAAUGUGAGUAUGCAUGUUGGUUUACAAAUAAGGAUGCUGUUUGUUUUUUGACACCAAGUAAGACAUUUUUCGGGUCGCGACCUCCCUCGGACCUUAAGGAAGCUAAUAACCGACACGUUCUCUUAUCUGCCUCAUCAGUGCAAAGCACACCUAUCUGCUCAGCAAACACAGCUAAUUAAGACCACAGGAAGUGAUGACGGCCCUGACAGGAAGUUGAAAAGCUGUCAG